AUGCCGCCAUACCUGCUCGACCUCCCGCUGGAAUUGGGAGUCAAAAUCGCAUUCCAUGUUCAAGACGAAGGGGCCGACGGGGCCGCUGUUAGGAGGGAGGACCUCCAAUCUUGCAUGCUCGUGUGCAAAGCCUUUUCGACACUAUUCAGGCCUUAUAUCUAUCGAGUCUUACGACUCCUGGACCUGGCGGCAGUCGAAUACUACUUUGAACAUCUUUCAGCCAGGCCUGGUUAUGCUCGGUUUGUCAAGACGCUGCACGUGUUCAAGGGGUGGGACGUCGUGCAGAGCGACGCGUUCCCGGAAUUGUUGAAUCUCCUGCCGUCGGUUUCUGAGGUGGUGUUUGGGGGAGGGGCUGUGGGGAGCAGAGCUACCAAGCUCGACUUUUUGCAGCUACCACCAAGGACUGUGGGCUCGAUCGUUCGAAUCUGCACACUUCACUCGGUGACCCGACUUUACGUGGCUCGGUGCAUUAAUUGCCCUGGGGCUAUCCUUGAUGUCCCGGGAUGUACGUUGGUGGAUGUUACUUUUGACCCAGGAUCGGUGGUGCCGUCGACGGUGGGGGAAUCGGGGGAUGGCGAAGAAAGGAGGCCGGGAUUGGGCAUCCUGAGGGACCUGGAUGUAACUUGGUCCCCCGAAUCUGCGGAGACGUUUGGAGAGGUUGUACAGGGUUAUGGACGGCGUUUUGAGAAUGUCACCUCGCUCUGUGUGGGACUUCAAGUCGAUUAUGGGACCGCUUGGGAGACUAUGGAAAAGCUCAUAGACCGAUCUCGCAGCUUAGAGGAACUGGAGAUUCGGAUUGGUACUGAUGUGUUUACUCGAGCGUUCAAUACGGAGUAUUCUGUUCUCGAGAAUGCCCAACUCAACCUCGGAAAUGUCUCCCAACUGCGCCGACUUGCGUUUACCGUCUUCUACCCGACGGCAUCGCAUAUCCGGAUGUUUCUGCGAAUUCUUAGGGACAUCGUUUCGUCGUUAGUGGGUAGGACGCUAGAGAAAGUGGAUAUCUGUAUGGAGAUUGUGAUGGUAAACUUCAUUGAGGAGUUGAUGGAUCCAGAGGUGGGAUGGGCGGGGUUGGAGGGCUUGCUCGCGGAUAAGGAGGUGUUUCCGAAGCUUGUAUGUGUGAGGGUUGAUUUGAAGGUUCCGCUUGGGAUUAUUCGAGGAAAUGGGUGGAAGGAACUUUCGGAGGGAGUGGAUGGCAACUGGUAUAUCCGCUCAUACCUGCCCUAUAUUUCCUUCAUGGACGUGAACGAUACUGCCCCAACGGAUCUCCCGGUUGAGAUCCUAUGUGCUAUCGUCCAAAUGGCCGCCAGAAACAGUGUUAAGAAUCACUACAACCUUGCCCUUGUCUCGCGUGAUUUUAAUUCCUGGGCCUCACCAUUCGCGUUCGACCGCGUCGAUAACCUGACAACUAGGAAGUCAUUCGUAUUCCGAAACGUGAUCCUCCGAAAGCCAGCCCAGUACUUCGCACGAGACGUUCAUAUCAAGUCGAUUUCGCUGGUCGAAGCAAUCCCACUUCCGCUAGCUCGAUCCAUACUCACCUAA